AUGUCCAAGCCUUUUGAUCCCGAGGAGGCUGAGAAUCUGGAGGAUAUGGAGAAGCAGUUCGCCGUGAAAGCCGUUGAACACUUGAUGACAUACUGGUCGAUCCUUGAGAAGGUUAAGGGCUCACAGCUGCGCCUGACCAAGAUGGACGAUGAGAUUUACGAGUCCUUCAUGAAGGAGUUUCCCGACUUUGACCCCGCCGCGACCAUUAACGAGGAUGCCAUGAAGAGCAAGGCCGGCAAGGAAAAGUGGCGCAACUGGGUCAACCUGUACGAGAAGAAGGUUGAGGACUACAACUUCGGCACAAUCGUUCGCACUCGUGCCGAUGCCGAGUAUGAUCAGGACACCACCCUUUUCGGCGUUCGCAUGCAAUUCUACGCCGUUGAGAUCGCUCGUAACCGCGCCGGCCUCAAUGACUGGAUCUACGAGCGCUCCCAGAAGGCCUGA